AUGAAUUGCAGCUACAGCCUAUGGCUGCAAAGCCUAUUGAAGCUCCUGCUGCUUGAGCUGCACCAUCAGGGCAAUGCCAGCGGCCUGGGUGCUGGCUCCAACCCGAGCAUGGGCAUGGGGGUUGUGCCUGACCCUUUCGGGAGCCGCAAGGUGACCACUGCCAAGGACGACAAUCCUUAUCUCUACAUCCUGUUCAUCAUGAUCUUCUACGCCUGCCUGACUGGAGGCCUAGUCCUGGCCUACACCCUCUCCCGCAAGCUCCUCAAGGCCAAGGAGUCAUCCUGCACUGACCUGUCUCAGUGGGUCUCUGACAGCCUAGACUCUGACACCGAGACUGCUGCUGGUUUCCUGGCCGAAGGACGCCGACUAGGCCCUGAGAUGCUACCUGACCUAGCCCAGGGUACAGAAUGGGUCUAG